CGAGCGGGCGGUUGCUUGUUGGUUGUUGUAGUAACGGGGAAGCAGCAGUCGGCGGCUGCUGUGAGCCUGGCUGGGGAAGGAGGAGGGAGGUAGGCGCAGAGCUCGGUCCCCGCCUGCCCGCCCCGAGCCAUGGGAAGAUGAGACAGGAAUCUGUGCCACCCAAAUUGUCUGAUCCAGUGAAUUUGCAAGGAGAGGUCUCUGAGGCCCCUGUUUGCUGACUAUAUGACAGACCCUGAAGGAGAUGCCAGUUGUGAUGGCCCGGGACCUGGAGGAAACUGCGUCAUCCUCAGAGGAUGAGGAGGUGGUAAGCCAAGAAGAUCAUCCAUGUAUCAUGUGGACUGGAGGCUGCAGGAGAAUUCCAGUUUUGGUAUUCCAUGCUGAGGCUAUUCUGACAAAGGACAAUAAUAUCCGAGUAAUUGGAGAACGUUAUCAUUUGUCUUAUAAGAUUGUGCGAACGGACAGUCGCCUGGUACGCAGCAUUCUGACAGCCCAUGGAUUUCAUGAGGUUCACCCAAGCAGCACUGACUAUAACCUGAUGUGGACCGGAUCUCACUUGAAGCCCUUUUUACUUCGCACCCUCUCUGAAGCACAAAAAGUUAAUCACUUUCCCAGAUCUUACGAACUAACCCGGAAGGAUCGGCUGUACAAAAACAUCAUUCGAAUGCAGCAUACACAUGGAUUCAAGGCUUUUCACAUCCUCCCUCAGACCUUCCUCCUGCCAGCUGAGUACGCGGAAUUCUGUAAUUCAUACUCUAAGGACCGGGGACCUUGGAUAGUAAAACCAGUGGCCUCUUCAAGGGGGCGGGGCGUCUACCUGAUCAACAAUCCAAACCAGAUUUCCCUGGAAGAGAACAUCCUGGUCUCCCGUUACAUUAACAACCCCCUGCUAAUAGAUGAUUUCAAGUUUGAUGUGCGCCUCUAUGUACUCGUGACUUCCUAUGAUCCUCUUGUCAUCUAUCUCUACGAAGAAGGAUUGGCUAGGUUUGCAACUGUGCGAUAUGAUCAAGGAGCCAAGAAUAUUCGGAACCAGUUCAUGCACCUGACAAACUACAGCGUGAAUAAGAAGAGUGGAGACUAUGUCAGUUGUGAUGAUCCAGAAGUGGAGGAUUAUGGGAACAAAUGGAGCAUGAGCGCUAUGCUCAGGUACCUGAAACAAGAAGGCAGAGAUACAACUGCAUUGAUGGCCCACGUGGAAGACCUCAUCAUUAAGACUAUAAUCUCUGCUGAGCUCGCUAUUGCUACCGCGUGUAAAACCUUUGUUCCUCAUCGCAGCAGUUGCUUUGAAUUGUAUGGCUUUGAUGUGCUCAUAGACUCUACCCUGAAGCCAUGGUUGUUGGAAGUGAAUCUCUCCCCUUCCUUGGCCUGUGAUGCACCUCUGGAUCUAAAGAUUAAAGCCAGUAUGAUUUCAGAUAUGUUCACUGUUGUAGGAUUCGUAUGCCAAGAUCCUGCCCAGCGAGCAUCAACACGGCCGCUUUAUCCCACCUUUGAGUCUUCCAGGCGAAACCUUUUCCAGAAACCUCAGCGGUCCCGCCCACUCUCCGCCAGUGACGCAGAAAUGAAGAACCUUGUGGGCUCAGCCCGAGAGAAGAUGUCUGGGAAGCUAGGUGGCUCCGUGCUCGGUCUGUCCAUGGAAGAGAUCAAAGUUUUACGGAGAGUGAAGGAAGAGAAUGAUCGGAGAGGUGGAUUUAUUCGCAUAUUUCCUACAUCAGAAACGUGGGAAAUUUAUGGGUCCUACCUUGAACACAAGACCUCCAUGAACUACAUGUUAGCAACCCGCCUCUUCCAGGACAGGGGAAACACACGAAGAAGCUUAUUGACAGGAAGAACACGAAUGACCACUGAUGGAAUGCCAGAGUUGAAGAUAGAGAGUGUGAAUUCAAAGGCCAAGCUGCAUGCUGCUCUUUACGAGAGAAAACUCCUGUCUCUGGAGGUGCGAAAACAUAGGCGACGGAGUGGCAGAUUGAGGGCACUGAAGCCAAAAUACCCAGUGAUUACCCAACCAGCUGAAAUGAAUGGUAAAACUGAGACAGAGAGUGAAGAGGAAGAAGAAAUUGCAUUAGACAAUGAGGAUGAAGAACAGGAAGCUUCCCAGGAAGAGUCUGCAGGGUCUGUUGGAGAAAACCAAGGCAAAUGUGCACCCCGGUUGACUGUUGGGGUAGAAAAUUUACCCAAAGAAAAUUCCAUGGAAGUUCCUGAGUGGAAUAAUAAGGGUGAACAGUACUGUAAGAUUGAGACUCAGGAGCCAGAGCCUAAAUUUAACCUGAUGCAGAUUCUGCAAGAUAAUGGAAAUCUAAGCAAAGUGCAGGCUCGAAUAGCAUUCUCUGCCUAUCUCCAGCAUGUUCAAACUCGCCUGACGAAAGACAGUGGAGGUCAGACGUUCAGUGCCAGUUGGGCUGCCAAAGAGGAUGAACAGAUGGAGCUGGUAGUUCGUUUCCUCAAGAGAGCGUCAAGUAACCUCCAGCAUUCACUGAGAAUGGUGCUACCCAGUCGACGGUUAGCUCUCCUAGAACGCAGAAGAAUCCUUGCCCACCAACUAGGUGACUUUAUCAUUGUGUACAACAAGGAAACAGAACAAAUGGCUGAAAAGAGAUCCAAGAAGAAACUUGAAGAGGAAGAAGAAGAUGGGGUGAAUGCAGAAAACUUUCAGAAGUUCAUCAGACAAGCAAGUGAAGCUGAGCUGGAGGAAGUACUGACUUUUUAUACUCAAAAAAACAAAUCUGCAAGUGUCUUCUUGGGGACUCACUCUAAAAGUUCCAAGCACAGCCAUACUUUUUCUGAUAAUGGGGCAAAAGGUGAUCACCCUGAGACGAUGCAAGAAGCAAAAAUAAAGCAGCCCAAACAGCAACAGGCAACAGAAAUUCACUCCGAUAAGUUCUCUCGAUUUACCACCUCAGCAGAAAAAGAGGCUAAAUUAGUCUAUGCCAGUUGUUCCUCUGCUUCUUUCUCUGCUCCUGCUGCUCCUCUUCCGCAGAAAAUUCCCAACACCCAUUUGUCAUCUGUUACAACCUCUGCCCUCUCACCAGGGCUUGGCCACCGUUCUCCCUUAUCUCAGAUUCCUCCAACUGUUCCCAGCAUGCCUCACCAGCCAGCAGUUUUACUGAACCCUGUCCCUGAGCAUGCCGCUCCCUCCAUACAUCCUGGGACACAGAAUGUACCAAGCCCCGCUGGCCUGCCACGCUGUCGAUCAGGCAGUUACACCAUUGGCCCCUUCUCCUCUUUCCAAAGUGCUGCACACAUCUAUAGCCAGAAACUGUCUCGUCCCUCUUCAGCAAAGGCAGCAGGUUCAUGCCAUCCAAGCAAGCAUCAUUCAGGAGUAGCCAAAGCACAAAAAGAGGGAGAAGAUGGCUCUGCAUACAACAGAUGGUACAACCAGAGUGUGGUCACAGCUGAACUUCAGCGGCUCGCUGAGAAGCAGGCAGCAAGGCAGUAUUCCCCGGCCAGCCACAUCAGUCUCCUCACCCAGCAGGUAGCAAACCUGAACAUGGCAAGUGGAGCCAUAAACAGAAGCAGUGCUUCAACUCCCCCGACCCUGCGACCUGUCAUCAGUCCCUGUGGUCCAACCUGGUCAAUGCAGUCCGACCUCCACACCCCUGAGAACCUGUCCAGCCCUCCGGGAAGCAGGAGCCUCCAAGCAGGUGGCUUUGCCUGGGAAGGAGAGCUCGAGAAUAACGCGUACAGCAAGGCUACAGGGGUGGUCCCCCAGCACAAGUACCUCCCCACUGCGGGCAGUUACCAGCUGCAUUUUGCCCUCCAACAACUUGAACAACAAAAACUGCAGUCCCGGCAGCUUCUGGACCAAAGUCGAGCCCGGCACCAGGCAAUCUUUGGCAGCCAGAUACUACCUAACUCUAAUUUAUGGACAGUGAAUAAUGGCGCAGGCUGCAGAAUUUCAGGUGCCACAGCUAGUGGCCAGAGGACAACCAUUCUGCCACAAAAAGUGGUGCCACCUCCAAGUUCUUUCACUUCCCUGGUUCCCAAACCCCCAACCAAUCACAAACAAGUGCUCAAAAAGGCCACAUCCCAGAGGGCUUCCAAAGGGGCCUGCGCAGAAGGGCAGCUGAGCGAACUCCAGAGUGGCCUUAAUUCUGCAGCCUUUGUGCCCAUCCCCAGCUCCACAGGAUCUUUGGAAGUUCCCCAAGUUAUUUUCGCCAGAUCCAAACCCUUACCCACACAAUCUGGAGCCCUUGCUACAGUUAUAGGACAGAGAAAAUCAAAGUCGAUGAAGUAAGGGCAAUUUAAG